AUGUCUAUUGGAGUUGGUGUGGCGAUUUACGCCGCUAUUAAGCCAGUUCUAAAGAUAUAUGUUAUCAUCCUAGUGGGGUACCUGCUGGCCAGAUACAACCUAGCCACAGUAGAAACCAGCAGGGGCGUUUCCAAUAUGGUGGUUAAUGCGAUCCUGCCGUGCCUAACCUUCAACAAGAUUGUGGGUAAUAUUUCCGACAAAGACAUCAAAGAGGUCGGCGUUCUUGUACUGACUGCGUUUCUCAUUUUCGCUGUCGGCGGGGUGGGCGCGCUCAUCACUAAAUGGCUCACCAACUCGCCGAAACAGUGGUACUGGGGGCUAUUAUUCGCAGGAAUCUUUCCCAAUAUCUCCGACCUCCCCAUCGCGUAUGUUCAGAGCAUGAGCAACGGAUCUGUCUUCACAUCAGGGCAGGUUGACCGCGGUGUCGCGUAUUGCUGCAUUUUCUUAUGCACACAGAGCUUUCUCAUGAUGAACUUCGGAAUGUUCAGACUUGUGGGACUUGAUUUCAGGGAGCCCUCGAAAGACGAGGAGCAGCUUUCGGAAAACAGUGAUAAUUCCUCGCAUCUCAAUUCAAAGUUGAGGGAAGGUGAGUUUACAAAGACACCGGAAAACGAUGUAAUUGCAGACAAACAAGGGCCAGCAAGCUUUCAUGGUGAUCGGCAGCCUCAAAUGCUUGCCAGCGACAAGGGCAGUGUGGACAUGCCAAGGUCUCUUUACGGUCAAGACGAAAACAGCAGUCAAAGCGAGGCGGAUCUUGGAGAUGAGCCGCAACACUUCCUGAACACUGUGAGCACGGGUAGCAGCCUCAGUAGUUCAUCUGGUGCUACCGCAUCUGACGUAUUCCGUAGUGGUUCUCGGCAUUCUGGAUCGGAAAACAGCCACAGCCGCGCUGGCGUACCAAUUUCCAUUUCAGACACAAUCCAUAGAAUGACCACCGCAAGGUCCACAGCCAGUGCGCUGUCCAUAGGUUCACAGAGAAAGUCUCGCGGAAGGCAAAGACGUCUAUCACAAACCGCAAAGGAUGUUAUCAAUGAAUAUAGUGCCGUCCAGAAAAUUAAAACCGGGGAAAUGGACCUCUCGAGACCUCUGUCUCUUACUCAAGAAUUUGGAAGUGGCAAUGCAUUUCCCAGUGACAAGAGCGAUGACGAAGAUGAAGAAUACGACGGGUCUCUUCCUGCCGAAGGCGACAGGCGCGCCUCCUACACUAGCUCCUCACAACUUUCAAGGAGGAGAAGUAAGAAAUGGAAAAGAAGUUUAGCAAGCUUUGUUGAAAGAUACAAACUUGGAUGGCUAGUCUACAUCAUGGUCAACUUCUGCCGGCCGGCGUCUCUGGGCGCGCUUUUAGGCAUUAUAUUCUGCAUGAUUCCUUGGGUCAAAGCUUUGUUUGUGCAUACAGAUGUGCAUAUGCACCAAGCACCAGAUGGUCAGCCUGUGCUAAAUUUCCUCAUGGAUUUCACUGCCUAUAUAGGCAAUGCUUGCGUCCCCUUAGGUCUGCUUCUGCUUGGUGGUACACUAGCUCGUCUUGAGAUUGGAUCAUUGCCAAAAGGAUUUUGGAAAACAACAGUUGCUAUGACGGCAUUUAGGCUUGUAAUUCUUCCAAUUGUAGGAAUUGCUUGGGCAAACAAGCUUUACGAUAUCAACUGGAUUGAAAACGAUGUCGCUAAGUUUGUAGUGAUAUUAACGUGGGCGAUGCCAAGUGCUACCGCGCAGGUAUAUUUCACCGCUUUCUACACUCCCUUGGAAGGAGAACACCUACAGAUGGACUGCCUAUCAGUUUUCUUCCUCAGCCAGUAUGCUGUUCUUUUCAUCACUUUAUCAAUAGUGGUAAGCUACGCGCUGAAGGUUGACUUAAAAGUAUAA